AGGUUCAGAUUUUGUGGAGAAUUGGAUUGCCCCGAUUGGGUGUUGGCUGAAAUUAGUACCUUGGCCAAGAUGACAUCAGUGAAAAUGAAGUUACUGUGUGUUCAAGUUUUAAAGGAUCUUCUGGGAACUGAUAUUGAUUAUGACAAAGUUUCAAAGUUAACUUCUGAUGCCAAAUUUGAAACUGGUGAUGUCAAAGCCAGUAUAGCUGUUUUAUCAUUUAUUUUAACCUCGGCAGCCAAAUACAACGUAGAUGGUGAAACUUUGUCUAAUGAACUACAACAACUUGGUCUUCCUAAAGAACAUUCCACAUCAUUAUGUAAAUCUUACAGUGAUGCUCUAGAAAAAUUAAAGGAACAUUUACAGCAACAAAGUUUAAGAUUAUCUCAUUUAGACUCGGUGCAGUGGAGAGUUGACUAUAUUCUUAGUUCUAGUGAGCUUAAGGAUGUAAGUGAACCCUGUGUACAGAUGAAAUUAAAUGUAAAAAAUCCAGAUACCAACACAGUAAGCCCUGUAACCUUCACUGUACCAGCUGAUAAAUUUAGAGUCUUAUUGAAUGGUUGGUGA